GUCUGCCCGGGCCGCCUGUCUCCCCGCACGCUCCUUCUAGGUUCCAGUGCCCACCCCCACCUUGCCCAAGCUAGGCUCGCACCCCAGCCUCGGGGAGAUGCCCAGAGCCCGUCCCUCGGUCCUUUCGGCCCCCCGGAUUCCCGAGCCCGGGCAGUGCCUCCUUAAGCAGCGUCUACGAGGCUGAAAGUUGAGGCGGGGGUUUUGUUCUUAUAAGGAGGGAAAAAAAGUUUCUCUGACAUCCAGGAAAUGAGCAACCCCCGAAGCCCAUUAAGGCCCUGCUGAUGGAGGCCACAAGAUCGGAGGCAGCAGCGCCAUCGCCGGCCCCUGGGAGCUCAUUAGGUGGAGAAACACAGGUCAGCAGUUAAAGCGCUGUCACACCUAAGUUUCCAACUCGCUGAAAAACUUUUUGAAAACCCACCCGCCCUCCUCUGGGUCGGGGGAAAGUAGCGGGACAGCGAGCCAGUUUGGCAGACGUCAGGGUCGACUGCUUGCAGGUGUCCAGUUAUCCCUUACUUUGUGUCAAAGCACUAAAUUAGGCACUGUGAAGGGACAGGAAGAAGAGUUCUGCUCUCAAGGAGCCAUUGAGGAAGCAAGACUCCUAGAAUAUUGGGAGGGACUGUACCAGCCAUCAGAUCCAAUCCAUGCCCCCCACCCUACCCCCCCCAAAAGAAUAUCCACUCUGCCAUGCCUAAGAAGUGAUCAUGCAGCUUCAGCUUGAAGACCUUCAGUGAGUGAGAAGCACCGCUUCUGCAGGCAGCCCAUUCAAGAGCUCUAAUUUUUAGGAGUUUCCUCCUGAUGUGAAAUCUAAAUCUCCCUCUUCGCAGUUUCUAGCCAUUGUUUCUGGUUCUGCCAGAACCAGUCUUCUAUGUUACAGCCCUCGAAGUUUUCAGCAUGACAGCAGGAAUCUUCAGGGUCUGCCUAGUGGUGGUCACUGCCAUCAUCAAUCAUCCAAUCCUGUUUCCUUGGGAGAAUGCCACAAUCCCAGAAAACGAAGAAGAAAUCAUCCACAAGAUGAGGGCGCACCAGGAGAAGCUGCAGCUGGCACAGCUGAGGCUGGAAGAGGAGGUGGCCAGGCUGGAGGAAGAGAAGGAGGCCCUGAAGCAAGCUGCUGAGGAUAGCCAGCAGCAGAAUGAAGGCCGGUUGGCCUGGGACCUGUGGAGUACCCUCUGCAUGAUCAUUUUCCUGAUGAUUGAGUUGUGGAGGCAGGACUACCUGGACAGCAUCCCACCUGACUCUCCUGGAGAGGAAGACGACCUGCACAGUCCAAGGAUCACCUUUCAAGGCAUCAACCUCCCUGAUAAGGUGACCCUAUCCCACUUUUACGAACGAUGUAUCCGAGGAACUACUGGAGAUGCGGUCCGGACUCGGGAGUUCGUAGAAGGCUUUGUGGAUGAUCUACUGGAGGCACUGAGGAGCGUGUGCAACCGGGACACUGACAUGGAGGUGGAAGAUUUCAUUGGUGUGGGUAGCAUGUAUGAGAACUGGAGAGUAGACAAGCCAUUGUUGUGUGACCUCUUUGUGCCUUUCACACCCCCGGAGCCUUAUCGCUUCCGCCCAGAGGUCUGGUGCACCAGCAAGUCAUCAGUCCCCUUGGACCUCCAGGGUUAUGGCCAGAUCAAGGUGGGCUGGGUCAAUGAGGACUCUGUGAACUGCAUCUGUGACAAGACCAAGCUGGGGGAGGACUUGCUCUGCCUUCUGCACAGUAAGAACCAGAAGAUAAGGCCCAACAGCAAGAUGGAAGACCUGCUGUGUCUCAAGGACUCUCCAUUCUUGGAUAUGGACCAGGUCAUGAAGUGGUUCCAGACGGCCCUCACCAGAGCUUGGCAGCGUAUCUCCCGCAAGUAUGAGUUCGACCUGGCCUUUGGCCACCUGGAUACCCCGGGAUCCCUGAAGAUCAAGUUUCGUUCAGGGAAGUUCAUCCCCUUCAACCUCAUCCCAGUGGUUCAGUGCGAGGAUUCAGAUCUAUACUUUGUCUCUCACUUCCCCAGAGGCCGUCCUGUGGGGGCCCCGGCCUCCAGUACGCACUGGUUCCUCUCCUUUGCCGUCUACGAGAGACACUUUCUUAAGAUGAUCACUAAGGCAUUGCCCGAAAAUGCCUGCCACCUCAGCUGCCUCCAGAUUGCCUCCUUUCUGCUAACAAAGCAAAACCGCUUGACAGGUGUCAGUGGUCUCAGCAGCUAUCACCUAAAGACAGCUUUGUUUCACUUGCUGCUGGCCCGGCCGGCUUCUGACUGGAGGUCCAAGCACCUGGAAUCCCGACUAAAUGACCUGCUCCGCUUCCUGGAGAAGAGCCUUCUAGAAAAGAAGCUCUGCCACUUCUUUGUGGGCAACCAGAAGGUGCCCAACACCAUGGGCAUCCCUGAGGUCUUCAGACAGGCAGAGCCCUUAAACCUCUUCUGUCCCUUUGUCCUUCAGCGAAGCCUCUAUCAGAAAACAGUAGAUUCCUUCUAUGAGAUGUUGAAGAAUGCUUCUACCCUCAUCAGCGAGUACUCCUUGCACAUCCCCGCUGACCACUCUAGCUCACUCCAGAAACGGACUCUCUUGUAGGGUAGCAGGAAGGCAAGGACUGAGGUCAGAGGGCAUAGAACAUUCCUCUCCCAGGUCCCAGGCCUUCAGAAUCACUUGGAAACCCAGACCUGAGAAGGGCAGACUUUCUUGGGAGUUGGUACUCAUCCUCUGGAGGAAGCCCCAGAAAAUGUGGGACUUGGGGACCCCCAAAGGCAACAACUCAACUGCUUUUAUACCACAUUAGCUGGUUGGUGAUUGAUGGUUCCAUUUACCUUAGGAAUCAUUCCUCUUUAAGCUCUGUUUGAUUUCUCUCUUCCUUUUCCUUCCUCCCCCUCAAUCACUAUGGAGUUGCUGUUCUACAGCAGGGAAGUGAGGAACAGUUCCAAGCUUCUUGACUUGGGUGCAAUCUUUUCUUUUUCUUUUUUUUUUUUGCAUCAGGUCCGCAAUCUCUACUUGAAUAGCUUUGCUUUAAGAAAAGCAGAGCAGGGAGUCUCAGGAAAUGACAAGGAGAGCACAAAGGGCCGAUGUUGAAAGAAGCACCUAGCUUUUCUUAAAAUUUACUAGGUCCUUGGCUGUGGGCUCCUGAAACCAGAAGUACCACCUGCAUCCUAAUGUUAGAAUUUCCAUACUCAGCCUCACAUCCUAUGGAGCCAUCUUGGCUACUAUUUAUAUGAAAACAGAAAAGAAGGAUAAUGGGGAUGCAAGGUAGUGGUAAGCUGAUGCCUCAGCUACAUGGGGCACGUAUAAAGAUUUGAAAUGAAGCAGGUUCCUCCUCCAGCAUCCACUGAGCGACUCCCUUGCCCCAACUUCAUGGUAUGUCAGCUCCUCAGAGCAGAAAAGCUCACCUGUGUGGCUUCCCCCUCACUCUGCCCUUUCUCUCACUUGUCCUUUUUCUGUGGUGCUGGCAUUCUUGCUAGUAGAAUAAUGGGGUGUAUAUAAGGUGGGGUUGGGGUGUGGCUUCUAGCUGAAUAUUAAAAGGGGAGGGGGCAGGAAGAAGCUGAGAUUAGAAAAAGAUGUAUUGGAGGUGGGGUGGAGGAGAGAAUACUGAGGGCUAAUUUCAGAGGCUGAUGGUGAUUGUGAAGAAAGUAUCCACUCCCUACAACAUUUUUGGUGCUAAGACCCAUCUGUUCUCAUAGUUUGGCCCCAGAGUCUACCUUUCCUAAUCCUUUGUGUCUCAUGACCCUGAAGUCUCAGAACUGAGGAAGGCAUAUGAAAUGAUUAAGUGAGAGAACCACAGGCAGCAGAAGUACCAGAAGGAACCUGCUCAUCUUCCUAUGGGUUUUCAUAGGACAAACACCUACAAGGGCUCUGAAGGAGCCCAGGAAGGCUCCUUGUCAGCCUAGAUAUAACCUUCUGGCUGGGCUUCUGCAAGAUGCAUGAACGUGUAUUACGGAACCCAUCCCUGCCUGCAUUUUACUAUAUGAGUGACUCAGAAACAAAACCACAAAUGUCUCAGAAAAAAAAUAAAAAGCAGAGCCUUCCCAUGUCCCCAGGCAGCAGCCUACCAACCAUUGUCAGGACAUUGGCAAUAACUUAGCCAGUUUCGCCCCAAAUGUAUUUGAUCUGAACCACAGGUGAUGGAGGACUUGGGCAUGGGAAAGGCAGUUCAUAAAGGAAUGGACCGUAGUUCUCCAGCAUUGGAGCCUGGCACAGGUGGCACCAGCCCAUGGUAAUUUUCACUUGCACCCUAAGUUUCCUCUACUGGUCUUUGGCAGUAACUUCCUCCAUGCAAAUGGAGCCAGAAAGAAAGGGGUUGGGGGAGGGAGGAAAGAAGUUGAACAAUUACCUUGGUACAGUUUCUCUCCCAACUCUACACCCCUCCCUGCCCUAGCAAUACAGAGUUACUGAAUAACUCAUCUAUUGAUCUUUAGGGGUGGGAUCCCUGUCGUGCCUGAGAAAAAGAAAUAAUUUCCCCAUCUACCUCUCUCUGACUCUUGAUAAAAGCCACUGUCCUCCCAGGGAUUCUUGACAGUUUGCUUAAUAAAAGGUAAUUAUUAGAGAGGGAAUCCUGAAAGGUGAAGGCUCUGGCUAGGAGUAAUUUUAAAAAAAACUUUAAAAAAAAAACCUCAAACUUUGAAACUAGCUUCUAGUCUAUGGAGGUUACUGAUAACACAGGGUACUAGCUUAUCCCUGCCUAUCAAGGCAAUACAAUUGAGGGAAAGUGACUUGAGUGAAAGCGGAAGGCAGGAGAAAAGUUUCCUCUCUGCACUGAUUCUGGUCUCCCGCAGGGAUCUGCAGCUAUCCCUCCUUGUGCCAUCUGGGUGUCAUGGCCCAACCUUCUAAAGCACUUGGUGGUGGCAACUGCUGAACCAUGGGUGGUCAAUUGCCUUAUUUAUUGCAGCCUUUUUCUUUUCAAACCCCUAUUCUGGACUCAUCUGAUGCUCUUUGAAGAGACUACAGAGAUCAGGGACCAAUUGAAGUCCAAGACCCAACCCAAACCCCAUUUGACUUUACUCUUUGAUUCCAUGGGAUAUUUUGCUAAGGAAUAUACUCUGCCUUGUUUUUUGGGGUUUUUUUUAAUUUUUAAGACAAAUCCUAACAGGGCGAAAGGGAUCUGGUUUUUUUUUUUUUAGCCAAAUGCUGCUUCUAAAGCAAUGUUGAAGUUUUUAUCUGCACUCGGUAUUUUAUGCCGCCUUAUUUAUAUUAAAGAGUUAAAUCUUGUAAAAAGUGGAUAUGUCAGUGGUGGUUAUUUAUAGCCUCAGGAAAUCUCAUGGGCCUCAGAGGGCAGUGUUGGAUGGGGGAGGGCUGUGAAUUUCCUAUUGACACAGGGAAGCUUUCGCUCCCUUUAUACACAUUCAGGAAGCAUUAAAAAAAAUAUUUCUGGCUGGGCUUUGAAGCAGGCAGAGUGCUUGUGAGUUGUCAGCUAUAGUGGAAAAAAGAGCCUUGUGAAAGAGAGUAUCGGCAGAUGGCCGCCUUGCAAAUUGUUCCUCCAUGGUGGUAAGCAUUGGCCCUGGAAGCGAUGGAAAAUUUGGAGCUCUUAAAAUGGAAGUGUUCUGGCCCUCUGGCAUUUGACUCUGAUAAUGGCACAAGCAUUCCUGUUACCCCCUUGGGAGUCGCCUGCUGCUUCCCAGGAAUGUCCUGUCCUCUGCAUCACUACCUCUUUCGGCAUUUUCUGUGCCCUGUGUGGGACUAUCAUUCUUUCCCCCUACCCCAUCCCCACAAAGGAUGACAGUGCCAGCCCUGGUCAAAAUCAUGGCAGGUAAAACUACAGAAUCAUAAAACGUUAGACCUAGAGGACCCUUGGCUCUCAUCUAGUGCAAUUGUUCUACUGAUUUCUCAGACUGAUCAAUCCAAGAAUCUCAGAGAGAUUAAGGCUCAAAGAGGUUAGGAUCCCAAGCUCUCUCAUUUCCCUUUUCUGCAUUCUUUCCUCCUGUUUUGCUUCCCUUUAUUGCCUCAACACCAAGUGCCCUCCCACCACUACUCUAGCCUCUCUCCAUGGGGAGAAAAGCCUCUGAUAAACUCCUUCAGCAUGUAGGUGAUGGGCUAGGGAAUUCUUGAAGUGCAACUGACAUUUUAAAAAGAACUGGGCAAGGAUCCAAGUCCAGUGCAAUGAGCUUCUAAUGAUGGAAUUUUCAGCAUCC